CUAUUUUGUCUAGUAAAUGCCUAAGGUGCCAAUUUUUGGAUCGAAAAUCCUUCCCCAGCAAUGUUCACUACAGAAAUCUUAAGAUUUCUUAUUUUUAGUCCUCUGGUUAUCUAUUUCUUGUUAGUUUUCAUCAAAUUUAUUCAUAGAGUAUGGUGGAUUCCAAUGCAGAUACGACGCGCAAUGGUGCAUCAAGGCAUCAGUGGCCCUGCUUACAAAUUUAUUUUUGGAAAUACAGAAGAGAUUUCAAAGAAGAAGGAGAACUCAUCACGUUGCGCAAUGGACUUGUCACACAACUUGUUGCCGAGAAUUAUGCCUCAUAUCUAUUCAUGGAUUAAUAUUUAUGGAAAAAUAUUUCUUUUCUGGAACGGGUGUAGAGCCGAAUUAGUUGUUACAGAACUGAAACUUGUUAAGGAAUUUCUGAGCAGCAGUCAAUCUUACACAAGAACAGAUGCAGAUAAAUAUAUGAAAAAGAUAAUAGGAGAUGGUAUUGCAGCAUGUGAAGGAGAAAAAUGGGUGAAACUACGGAAAGUGGCGAAUCAGUCAUUUCAUGCAGAAAACUUGAAGAAUAUGACCCCGGCAAUGGUUGAAAGUGUCAAGAUGAUGCUGGAACGGUGGAGAAGUUAUGAAGAAAGAGAGAUAGAUGUUUGUGAAGAUUUCAGACUGUUGACUGCAGAAGUAAUUUCAAGGACUGCAUUUGGAAGCAGUUAUAAAGAUGGGGAACAAAUUUUUCAGAUGUUGAGAAAGUUGGUAAUUAUAAUUAACAGAAAUGCGGAUAAGAUAAGGCUUCCCAGCAUCAGUCCUAUUUACAAAAAUGGCGACGAAGUAGAAUCAGAGAAGAUUGAAAAAGAAAUUCGAGAACUUGUUCUAGUCCUUAUUCAGAAAAGGGAGAAAGCAGCACUGGAAGAAGCACAAAUAUUUGGUUCAGAUUUGCUUGGAUUACUUUUGAAGGCUAGACAUGAUGCUACAGGAAAAAAUAAGAUUUCGUUGGAUGAAAUUGUUGAUGAAUGCAAGACAUUUUAUAGUGCUGGACAAGGAACAACACACAUUUUGCUUUCAUGGACUAUUCUUCUUUUAGCAAUUCACCCCGACUGGCAAGAAAAAACUCGUGUCGAGGUAUUAAAAGUAUUCGGUCAGCAGAAUCCAACUUCAGACGGCCUACCAAGACUGAGAACGAUGAACAUGUUCAUUAACGAGUCUCUAAGACUAUAUCCUCCAAUAGUUUUCAACGAAAGAAAGUCUAAGAAGGGGGCCAGAUUAGGAAACCUUAUUAUUCCAGCCAAUGUAAAAGUCUACGUGCCAAUCUUAGCACUUCAUCUGGAUCCUACAAUAUGGGGUGAAGAUGCACAUCUCUUCAAACCUGAAAGAUUCACAAAAGGGGUAGUUGGAGCUACCAACAAUAAUCUAGCAGCAUUUUUACCAUUCGGCAUGGGACCUCGAACGUGUGUGGGCAUGAAUUUUGCGAUAAAUGAGGCCAAAAUUGCACUUUCUAUGAUUCUCCAACGUUAUGCAUUCACCCUUUCGCCUAACUAUGUUCACUCUCCAAUUCAAACUACAACACUUCGUCCCGAACAUGGUAUUCAGGUAGUGCUGCAUGCUCUCUGAUGUAGUACUUGGUUUAGUGGCAGGACGGAUUUUUGCAGUUUCAUUAUCUUAUAUAGUUUGUUGUCAAAGAAUUAUACCUAAAGAUGCUGCAAGGGACACAUAUGGCAUAUGGCAAGGGACAAAGCUACUUUGCCAAAAGGACAGAAAGCUUCAUAUAAUUGCAUGUGACAGUAGAUAAUUUGAUGUAAAAGUUGACUAUGUUUUAAAUUGUUCAAUGAUAGAAUGCCACAUGACAUUACGUGAAGCUUUAUGUCUAUCUUGAUGUUCAUAAACCAUGAUUGUAAUGCAAGAUGAUGUUUAGUACGUUACUCUCUGAAAAUUUUCUGUAAACUUAUGACAGAUAUAAAGGUCUAUUUGAGGUCAAUAUUGUAAUUGAAUGCCCCUUUUAGUUUA